GCCAGUAUGAAGUGCAGAUUAGUGCUAGUCAUUGUUAGUAUUUUCUGUGUUUGGAGACAACUAUCUGAGGCAAAAAAAUCCGCAAAUCCUAGCUGUAGGAAGCCCUAUUUUCAACUUGUCUUCAUGGCGAGAGAAAAAUUUCACAGUAUGGAUCAAGCAAAUAUGAGUGGUUCAUGUAGUUGGUUGAAUGGUUGUAGGAGAGAAAAGAGGAUAUGUACCAAACAGAAACAUCUCUCACGAGUACUUUGGAAUGCGCGUAAGCUUGCAGUCAAGUACUGUGAAUCGCAAUUCAGAUACGAUCAAUGGAACUGCGCUUUCAACAUGAAAUACUUCAAAGAUUUCUAUAGAGAAACGGGAUACAUGCAAGCUAUAGCAGCCGCCAGUUUGAUGUAUUCAUACGGCAUUGCAUGUUCAGAAGGUCUGAUUAGAAACUGUGAAUGUGGAAAAUAUGGGAAAACCAUCAAUGGCAGUAAAUGGCACUGGGGUGGAUGCAGCUUCAACGUACCAUAUGCGAGGAGAAUGGCGAAGAAAUUUUUGAAUAUUGGUAAAAAAGAGGAUGGCUUUGCCCUUUUAGCGAAACACAACAGUGAAAUUGGAUUCAAAAGCGUGCAGUCCAAUGUUGAGAAAAAAUGCAGAUGUCAUGGGGUUUCAGGUUCGUGCUCGGUCAAAACUUGCUGGAGAGGAGUUAAACCGUUCGAGAAAAUCUCUGAAAUUCUUAAAAACGAGUACCAUGGCGCCAUCUCUGUGGAUUUUACGAACACAAUAAGUCAUCCGGUGAAGAACACUUCUCGACGUAUUCUGUAUAUUAAGCCAACAUUGAAUCUCUGUCAGAAAACUGUAGGUCGCCAUUGUAAUGGUACAGAUAACUGUGCGACGCUCUGUUGUGGUAGGGGCUUUAAUGUGAAAAGCAUAGAGGUCGUCUACAUCUGCAAUUGCGAAUGGAGGAAUCAUGCGGUAUUUAAUGGUGAUGACCUGGUAUGCCAGCAAUGUAGAAAAAAUCAAGAUAUGUAUACCUGUAAAUAAAAAUAAAUAAGUCUUAUGUU